GAGAGCAGCGAGAGAGGUCGCUCAGUUGAUGGCUCAAAUCUUCAGGUGGUAAUCGAGUGGCAGUGUUAAACGACCGUCGGAAAUCGCAGCACGUGGUGCAGUGGACUGUUCAACAGGUGGAUUGUGUGCGCGAAGUGAGCUCUGGAGGCGGUUGUUUGUGAUUUAAGGGAUUCAUAUGGACUCUUGAUUGUUGUGUGGACGGUGCUAACAUAGGACUUAAAAAUGAAUCAGAAGUGCAGAGUUUGUGGUGAACCAGCAGCAGGAUUUCAUUUUGGCGCAUUCACAUGUGAAGGCUGCAAGUCAUUCUUCGGCCGUUCCUACAACAACCUCAGCUCGAUCUCCGAAUGCAAAAACAACGGCGAGUGCAUCAUCAACAAGAAGAAUCGCACAGCCUGUAAAGCCUGCCGCCUCAGGAAAUGCCUAAUGGUAGGCAUGUCCAAAAGCGGGUCGCGCUACGGCAGAAGGUCCAACUGGUUCAAAAUCCACUGUCUGCUGCAGGAACAACAACAGCAGCACCAGCAACACCAACAACACCAGCAGCACCAGUCGAACAUGAACAACGUGGCACAAUCAAUGAAACCGCCCCAGAAAACACCACCCUUGCCGCACCCCUCCAUGGGCAUGGGUCUACUGGGCAUGAGCUUCCCCCCACCAUUCCUACACCUCCCCAAAACCAAGGAGGAGCUGAUGCUCCUAGGGCUGGAUGAAUAUAAGCACUCAGCUUCGCCUUCGGUCAGCUCUCCUGAAUCCCAUAACUCAGAUUCUUCUGUAGAAGUUAGUGACGCUAGACGCCUACCGUUGAUCCCUGGCUUGUUGCCCCCUACUUUCCUGCCACCUCCUGGCUUCCUCUUUCCUCCUGGCUACUCCCCUCUGUACCCAGGGCUUCUGCAACCUGCCAACAACAAUAACAGACUCAUGAGGAAUCACAACCCUGGCGUCGAAGCUUUCAACAAGCGGAUAUUCUUGGAUGCCGUGCUGCAAUCGCAACGUACUCCAACCCCUGAGGAAAUCGAGCAUCCUGCACCUACCGAGUCGCCUAUCCAAGAAGACCCUAUUGACCUCAGUAUGAAGACCAACAGCGAUAGAGGGUCUUCUCCUGCGCAUAGCGACCAAUCAGGUUCUAUAGACACUGAGAGGAAUAACGGGAGUGAGGCUGAUGAAGAGAGCGAUUGUGAUUCUGAGAGGGAACUGAAGAGGAUAAAGUUGUUGAGGCCGACGCCUUUGGAUCUUACCACGAAGGUGUGA